AUGGCGCGUCUCGGCCGCGUAGGGUUCUUGGCCCUCGCGGUGGUCUUCCACCUCAUCUAUACAUAUUCGAUUUUCGAUAUCUAUUUUGUUAGCCCCAUCGUGAGUGGUAUGCGCUCAUAUGGUGUUAACCGUCCUGCUGGAAAAUCUGCACCCGCACAGCGACUCGUUCUCUUCGUUGCCGAUGGCCUGCGCGCCGACAAAGCCUUCCAAGCAUUCCCCGACCCGUCUCCCGAUGCCCUCGCGCAGCCCUCCGAGGACCCAAUCCGUCUGGCGCCAUUCAUUCGAUCGAAAGUUCUGUCACAUGGAACCUUUGGCGUAUCUCAUACCCGUGUGCCCACAGAGUCACGGCCUGGCCAUGUUGCCCUCAUUGCGGGCUUGUAUGAGGAUGUGUCAUCUGUCACGACAGGCUGGAAACUGAACCCUGUGAAUUUCGACAGCGUCUUCAAUCGCAGUCGCCAUACAUGGAGCUGGGGAAGUCCGGAUAUUCUGCCUAUGUUCAAGGAGGGAGCGGAACCCGGCCGUGUGGAUGCCGAAAUGUAUGCGGAAGAAGCCGAGGACUUCAGCCAGGACGCCACACAUUUGGACACCUGGGUUUUCGAUAAGGUUCAUGAGUUGUUUGAAUCAGCGAAAAGCGAUCCAGAGCUGAAUCGAAGAUUGCGGGAGGAUAAACUCGUUUUCUUCCUCCACCUCCUUGGGUUGGACACCACGGGUCAUGCGUUUAGACCGUACUCUAAGGAGUACCUCAACAAUAUCAAGGUCGUGGAUAGGGGCAUUCAAGCCGUAAGCAAGCUGAUGGAGGACUUCUAUGGCGAUGACAAGACUGCAUUUGUCUUUACUGCCGACCAUGGCAUGAAUGACAUGGGCAGCCACGGCGACGGUCACCCUGACAAUACACGUACGCCUCUUGUUGCGUGGGGGUCUGGUGUUGCAAAGCCCGAAAUCACCAUGAACGGCGUCGCUCCAGGACAUGAUGACGGAUUCUCGUCAGAUUGGGGAUUCGACCAGGUCCAGCGGCAUGAUGUCGCACAGGCAGACGUCGCCGCUCUGAUGGCGUACUUGGUGGGCGUGGACUACCCUGUAAAUUCAGUCGGUCAAUUGCCGUUGAAUUAUAUUGACGCGAGUCCUCAAGAAAAGGCCCGCGCUGCGCUCGCGAACACGCAAGCGGUGCUUGAGAUGUAUCGUGUGAAGGAAGCGCAAAAGAGAAAUGCGGUGCUCCGUUACGUACCCUUUGAGCCUCUCUCCGGGGAUGGCGAGACUUCAAUUGAAGGGCGCUUCGCGAAUCUUGAGACACUAAUCUCAAACGGCGACUACGAAGACGCAAUUGCCCUGUCUUCUGAGCUCUUGACACUUGGCCUUGACGGUCUGCGCUACCUACAAACAUACGACUGGCUGUUUCUGCGCACUGUGGUUACUUUUGGCUACUUGGGAUGGAUCGCAUAUGCUUUGACCACAGUCAUUGACUUGCAUGUCUUGCAUGGCACGACCGACUCCAACCGCACCACGGCCAGUAUCUCCUUCUUUUCAGCAGUCUUGGCCGCUCUUUUCUCCGUGUUCCUCUACCAAGGCUCCUCGUGGAGAUACUACUUCUACGCAUUUUUCCCUGUCUUUUUCUGGGAGGAGGUCUUUGCCCGACGUAAGGCGUUGACUGCUGGUCGUCAGAUCCUGCUCGGCCAUGUGCACUCAUUUUCUGGGUUUCUCGCCUUUGGUCUUCAAGCUUUGGCGUUCGUUGGUGUUCUAGAAGCUCUGGUUCAAUCUUAUUUCCAUCGUGAAAUUUUCACCAUCGGGUUCGGUCUAGGGGCCCUGUGGCCUGUGUUUUAUGGCUUCAGGUUCAUCCGCGAGCAUGCUCUUCUGACUGCAACGUGGGCCCUCGGGUGCUCUUUGAUGAGCAUUUUCACGCUCCUCCCAGUCCUAAAAGUGGAAAACUUGGACACCAUUACCUUUGGCGGUCUUAUUAUGUUUUUGACAGGUGUUCUCUAUCUUCUUUUCGAGGAUUCGAUCCUCGAUCACGGCAAAGCAGGUUCAAAGGCCUCGAAGCCGACUAGUGGCUCACGAAUUAUCGUGGGACUGCAGGUGGGGAUGGUGCUUCUCGCCCUGAUUGUGACUCGCUCGAGCGUGGUAGCUUUACAGGCCCGCGAGGGCCUCCCGUUGGGCAACCAGGUCGUAGGCUGGUUUGUGCUUGUGGCAUCACUAUCUCUGCCGUUCUUCCACCGAUUUUGUCCCAACAGCAACUACCUCCAUAGGCUCAUGGUCAUCUUCUUGACCUUCUCGCCGACUUUUAUCAUCCUGACUAUCUCAUGGGAGGGUCUCUUCUACUUUGUGUUCUGCAUGACUCUGGUGACAUGGGUUCGUCUUGAGCACGCCGUCUAUGUUCAUACUGCAGGUUCCGCCCCCCACUCGGUGAAGACCGUCAACAAUGGCUCAGCGGCGAGCCCAGAAGCGGCAUCAAAUACCACCACCACAACGGUCGAUGGCCAAUCGUACAGCUACCGUGCGCUAACCCUUUCUGACACCCGUGUUGCGUUGUUCUUCUUCUUUCUGCUUCAGUCAGGCUUCUUCAGCACUGGAAAUGUGGCCUCGAUCUCUACCUUUUCACUCGACAGUGUCCGCCGACUCAUCCCCAUCUUUGAUCCCUUUGCCCAGGGCGCCCUUUUGCUCUUGCAAAUCCUUAUACCCUUUGCUAUUAUUAGUGCCAAUCUGGGAAUCCUCAAUCGUCGCCUUGAGGUUGCACCCAGUGCACUGUUCAUGGUCGUGAUGUCCAUCUCGGACGUGAUGACCCUCAAUUUCUUCUACAUGGUACGAGAUGAGGGCUCGUGGCUGGACAUUGGCAUGACAAUCAGUCACUUCUGUAUUGCUAGUGCGCUCUGUACAUUUGUUGCUGGGUUGGAGUUCCUAAGUGAGCAGUUUGUCAGUGGUGUUGACUUCAGCGACACCGCUGCAGGACUCGGGGCGGCUGUUGUACAGGCAGUGGCCGACUCUGCCGCAUGUGGCCAUGAAAACCUUGCCGAGACCGACCAAGAGAGCAAGAACUCUCGUGACCGGAAGAAGAAGGGUGUCGAGACCCAGUAA